UCUCGGGCAAGCCAGUUGUUGUGUGAAACGAUGUGGCCCUACAUUGAAUAAUAGCCUUUGAAGCAACAAUAUGUAGUUUAUUUCACCGUGGGAAAACAGUUGUUGGGAAGGUACACUGGCUUGCUAAUGAGAAUAGCUUCUCUGUCGUUUCCACGGCAACCAUGUAUCUCCUUGGUAUGUAGCAUCAACCCAGUUUAAUUCAAGGCCAAUUAGUUUACCAAAAUGCAUUCAUCUCCUCGCGAUGGAGCAUCAGCCCAGUAUAAUUAAAUGUCAAUUAUUUUACCAAAAUACAUAUCGGUUUUGGAUAUAAUUGCUAUGUCCAUGAAAUGUUAAGAAAGUCAAUUCGUUUUUCUCGUUUUGUUUCAUUAGCUGUCGUUACUCCGACUUUUUUAGGCUGCCCUUGAAUGCACCAUCAGAAGUGAGCGUUAGCUACAGUGCUGCUAGCUAGUACUGAUAUCGCUCCCGUUCUUUCACCUCUUCGUUAUUCCACACGGCGGUGCUGCGUGUCAAUCCACUAAGCUCUACAUAGGACCGCCUUGAAAUCCCAUGGUGCAACAGUGCAAAAGGUUUGCCAAGUGACAGCAGAGACUGAUAGCGCUUCAUGAAUCCCAAGUUGACGUCACUGUCUGGAUAGUCAAGCAAAGCGGAUGGAUGCACUAAGCUUGGAGAGCUGACCUCCCCAGGAGGGUCUGUCCACCGCCAGGCCUGUCAUGCUCCACUUGGAGCUCAUCACGCUACCAACCCCCAGCUGACAGCUCGCCGCGGCCCUACGACCUUGUUGUCUACUUAGUGCAGCAUGAAGAACCUGGAAUUUGUCUUCUUCCUGACUCCAGACUGACCGCAGUCUUUGGGUACAGAAGAUAUCGUUCCACCAGCCACUGCCAUGUCAGGUACUUACACUCCAGCCCCUGGUGGGCCCUUCUCAGCGCUCACUCCAAGCAUGUGGCCCCAGGACAUCCUGGCCAAGUACCAUCAAAAAGAUAACUCAGAAGAAAAUGAACUCGAGUAUGAUGAGUUUGGCUUUAGAGUGGACAUUGAAGAGUCCGAUGCGCCCAGUCCUUGGCUGGGCACCGAAGGCUCGCCGCAACGUGAAAACCCACAGCAGAGGUUACGGUGGCAAGCCCAUUUGGAGUUCACGCACAAUCACACCGUGGGUGACCUCACCUGGGAGCUCAUUGCUCCAGUCCUGCCACGCUCCGAGCGUCUGCGCUCGCUCGUGCUCGGCGGCGUUCCUCACAGCAUGCGGCCACAGUUAUGGAUGCGUCUGUCCGGAGCAUUGCAGAAGAAGAGGACCUCUGACAUCACGUACAAAGAAAUCAUCAAGAACAGCUCUGACGACGACACCACCACAUCUAAACAGAUAGAGAAAGAUCUGUUACGGACAAUGCCGACCAACGUGUGCUUCAACAGCCUGACGAGUGUUGGGGUCCCAAGGCUGCGGCGGGUACUUCGAGGCCUGGCCUGGCUUUACCCCGACAUCGGGUAUUGUCAGGGAACUGGCAUGGUGGUUUCCUGUCUGCUGCUCUUCAUGGAGGAGGAGGAUGUGCUAUGGAUGAUGUGUGCCUUGAUAGAAGACCUUCUCCCUCCGUCCUACUUCUCCUCCACUUUGCUGGGUGUCCAAACAGACCAGAGGGUGCUUCGUCAGCUCAUUGUUCAGUACCUGCCAGCAUUGGACCGCCUACUGCAGGAGCAUGACAUAGAGCUGUCGCUGAUCACGUUACACUGGUUCCUGACAUCCUUUGCCAGUGUGGUGGAUAUCCGUCUGCUGCUCAGGAUUUGGGACCUCCUCUUCUACCAGGGCUCCUUGGUGCUCUUCCAGGUCACACUGGGCAUGCUCAAGAUCAAGGAGGAGGAACUCAUAUCGUCAGAGAACUCUGCGUCCAUUUUCAACACGCUGUCCGACCUGCCGAGCCAGCUGAAAGACGGACCCGCGGUUCUCGGCGAGGCGAUGAGGCUUGCAGGGAAUCUGUCCCAGGAUACGCUGGAAGCCCACAGACACAAGCACCUCGCUUACAUCCUGAACGAACAAGCCCAGCUCAACAGCGGAAGCAACACGCCGCUCAAUUCUAAUUUCAACAAGGUGGUGAGGAGGCAAUCCCUGCACAGAAAGUCCACGCUAACCUCCCUGCUCUUCGGGGAGGACGAGGCCGAAACUCUCAAAUCUAAAAACAUUAAGCAGACCGAGCUUGUGGCGGCUCUUCGAGAAGCCAUAACCCGGACCGCCGAACAUUUCCACUGUCUGGACCCACGCCACUCCAGCGCCGAAUUAACUCCGGAUUACUCCAUGGAGAGCCACCAACGCGACCAUGAAAACUUCCUGGUCGUCUCCAGAAACCGGCGAAGGAGGGCGAAGGCUUUGCUGGAUUUUGAGCGGCAUGACGAUGAUGAGUUGGGCUUCAGGAAGAAUGACAUCAUCACUAUCAUCUCACAGAAGGAUGAACACUGCUGGGUGGGAGAGCUCAACGGUCUUCGAGGCUGGUUCCCUGCAAAGUUUGUUGAGAUCCUGGACGAGAGAAGUAAAGAGUACUCGCUAGCAGGCGACGACUCCGUGACAGAAGCUGUGACGGAUCUUGCCAGAGGGACCCUAUGUCCGGCCCUCAAGGCCAUCUUCCUGCACGGCCUAAAGAAACCCUCCAUUUUGGGCGGGCCCUGUCAUCCGUGGUUAUUCAUAGAAGAGGCGGCCAGCAGGGAGGUCGAGAGGGACUUCAACUCUGUCUACUCCAGACUGGUGCUGUGUAAAACGUACAGGUUGGAUGAAGAUGGGAAGGUUCUUACUCCAGAGGAGCUCCUGUACAGAGCGGUGCAGUCAGUCAACAUGAGCCACGACUCGGCGCACGCUCAAAUGGACGUCAAAUUCAGGUCUCUCAUCUGCGUCGGCCUCAAUGAGCAGGUGCUGCACCUAUGGCUGGAGGUGUUAUGCUCCAGCAUGGCGGCUGUAGAAAAAUGGUAUCACCCGUGGUCGUUUCUGCGCAGUCCCGGUUGGGUUCAGAUCAAGUGUGAACUCAGGGUCCUUUCAAAGUUUGCCUUCAGUCUCUCUCAAGAUUGUGAGCUACCUGAGCGGAAAGAGGAGAAGGAACAGAGGCCGCUGAAAGAGGGCGUGCAGGACAUGCUGGUCAAACAUCACCUCUUCAGCUGGGACAUAGACGGCUAGAGGAACGCUAUAAAAAACUCCAAAGGUGGCGUUGAAUGGUGUAUAUGCGUGUGUGUGUGUCCUCCAAGCAUCUUUUUGUCUGCUUGUGACAGACAGCAAGUCAGUUUGAAAGUACGGACUUAAUUGUCCGACAUCGGUAACACAUUUCAAAGACUCUAAAAAAAACAUCACCUUUAAAAGAAAACUGCACUUUUUUUUAUUUUGUCCAUUAUCCGCAAUCCUUAUGUGGGACAUGAACACACGUCUUUCUUUUUUUUUGUGCAUUCUAUUCCACCGAGAAAGCCUCCACAAAGCGCCAUUAAGGUUCAAUUUACAUAACGAUACCUGCAUGUUAACCAAGUUACAGCAACAUUAUUAUUACUAUAUAUAUUGUUAUGCAGCUGCACGGUGGUCGAAUGGUUAGCGCACAGACUUCACAGCUAGGAGACCUGAGUUCAAUCCCACCCUCGGUCAUCUCUGUGUGGAGUUUGCAUGUUCUCCCCGUGCAUGCGUGGGUUUUCUCCGGGUACUCCGGUUUCCUCCCACAUUCCAAAAACAUGCUAGGUUAAUUGGCGACUCCAAAUUGUCCAUAGGUAUGAAUGUGAGUGUGAAUGGUUGUUUGUCUAUAUGUGCCCUGUGAUUGGCUGGCCACCAGUCCAGGGUGUACCCCGCCUCUCGCCCGAAGUCAGCUGGGAUAGGCUCCAGCGACCCUUGUGAGGAUAAGCGGUAGAAAAUGAAUGAAUUAAUCUAUGUUACUGCUGCAGUGACACCUCACCACACGCGUGCAGAUUAAUUAAUUAAUUAAUUAAUGCUAGGUGUCGCAAUAUUAAAUCAGUGUCAAAAUAUGACGAAAAUAUUGUUAAGUAUGUUAUCAUGAUUAUAUCCGUUACUACAUAUUCAUAGCAUUGAUAUAAAACCUUGUUGGAGAUGGGUCUUUCCACACGGAAUAAGUGUGAAUUAUUUUUAUUUUGCUCUUUUUAUAUCUUUAUAAUUCACAGAAAAGUGUUCAUGUGUUCAAGUCUCAUAUAAAGAUUGCGGAUGAUGGGCGAAAAAGUGCAGUUUUCCUUGAAGCUUCCUUAGUUUCUAGUAUGUGUGCAUCAAGAUGCAUCCUAUUUUUUGGUAGUUUUACCCCACUGGUAAAACUAAAAUAUAUCUAUAUAUAUAUUCUAUGAAGUACAGAAUAUUAUUCUGUAUGCUCUGGACUGCAGCUGUUGUAUUUUUUAAUUCUAAUGAAUGUUUAUGCAGGAGGGGACACUUCUUUUGGACAUUCUUUGGCACUACUAACACUUUUGACGGUAAACUGACAGAUUAUUUAUUUAAAGACCAAAACAACAUUCCUGAAGAUGUAAAGUUCUAAAUGUAUUUUUGAGAGAAAUGUUAAACUUAUCAGAUCAUAUACUACACUAAAUGUUGGAAUACUAACAUGGCACAUGCCAAGUACAACCUUCAGAAGUUGUGGAUGUGUGUCAUAUCAAGAAUGGAAGUGUGUGUGUGUGUGUGUGUUGCUACCCAAACAGUGGUAGUAAACUGUGCACUCAAAAAGAAAAACAAAAAAAAAAACAUUUUUUGUUGGACAAUCCAAAUAAAUGUAAUGAAUAGAGAACUUUUUUUUUUUGUCUUAAAAGUGAACUUUUGCAAUUUUUCUACAUUACGCUUCGGAUUCCAUAGCUUCACUCUAAUUAUAAUUCAAUGUCAGUCAUAUUUAGGCAAAUUUUACAUUUUUUUUUUCGCUUAAGCAUUUUUUGCACAGAAAUAUGUAAGGCAGAAGACGCAUUCAAAGACAUUGCAAUAUGUAGUUUUCUAAACUGGUCACUAGGUGUCAGUAAUGUUGCAUUGUUGAGACGAUAGCCAGCGCAGGAAGUGCUGUGCAGAACAGGAAGUUUAAAAACUCUCCCGUUGCUAGUGUGUCUCUAUUGUCUUAUAUUCGCAAAUGUUUACUAAAAUAGGGUAAUGAUUGUAGACCAGGGGUGGGCAAACUACGGCCCGGGGGCCACAUCCGGCCCGCCAAGUGUUUGAAUACGGCCUGCCCAAUCUUUCCAAAGUAUUUCAUUUAAACUCAACAUACAACCUGGCAUCAUGGCCUGAGCCAACCUUUUGAUGGUUUUAUCAAUUUCGUUUUUUGACAUGGUCUGUUGUUUACAAAGUGCUCCUGAAAAAAGGGACACAAGCACAUAAUAAUAAUAAUAAUAAUUAUUAUUAUUAUUAGAUUA